CUGAGAGAAAGAAAUGGACAAAAACAGAAAAUUAGGAAUCAAUCAUGACAAGGAUAAAGACACAGGGCCGUAUUUUGUGGGUAAAAUUACAGUAGUAGAGACAGGAAUAAAUCAGGAAGCUGAUUUCUUGCAUGUUCGUGACCUUUCCAGGCAGCGGUGAUUAAAACAUCAGGUAUUUACAGCUCAUUUCCUCAUGUUUCGAUUCAUGCUUUCCUUUUGACUCUUGUUGAUUCAUGAGUCUCUGUUGUUAAAUCAAGUAUGAGGAACUUAAGAUUUAAUCGGUCACUCAAUUUCUCAGGACAGGGUUUAAGUUUAGAAGAAGAAAAUCAAAAUCAAAGCUGGCUGUUUUUUUUAUGUCCACUUUGUAAUGUUACACUAAUCUGCUGCUGAGGCGGUAUAUUUAAUAAAGGUAGAGCGCUUUUCUCUUGUUUAGCUCUAAACAUCAUCAAAUUAGCUUCAAUCUCAGUUUACUAAGAUAGUUCUUUAAUGUUCUAUUUAAUUAAAGUUAACAAGUAACAUUAAUGUAGAGUUGCACCAUGUACUCUCAAUUGUUGUAUGUUAGAGACAAAGCCAGAAUGUGACCUAACUCGUUCGAGCACAGUCUGGCAUGAUCACUUGUUCCCAUCAUCACUGGGGCAUUUACAGAAAUUAACGUGAGGAACCAAGCUAGGACGAGUUGCUCAUGUUUCUUUUGUGAUGGUCACGUGUACAGAGAAAUAGAACAAGGUUACAUACUAAUUACUGUUAAUUACUCCAGGUGGACAAAACCUGGUAAAUACAAAACAGUCAUGAGUCAAUAAAAUUAAUGUUAAUCCAGUCAGAAAUACUGGUCAUAUCUAUGCAUCUAACUCUGGAUAUGAAACAGCCUUAAUUUAGUUUUUAACAUCCAUUCAUGAUCUCCAUGGCAGCGUCCUCGUUCAUUUGGUUUAAAAUAGAAGGAGAUGAUUAGACAAUGUUGAAGUGGGGAGGGUACAUUUGGACUUAGACAAAAGGUGUUUUAUAAGACCUUUUCUACUGCACAUGGAUCAACUUUCAAAACAUGCCUGAAGGCAAAAUGCAGCAAACUUAAUUGAAGCAAAAAUAGGGGGAGGAACAGGCUCAUUGUGUUUCCGAGCGUUGGACACUUGGAUCACCUUGCAUUUGUUUGCCUGUGGGCAAUUAUCGUGGAAAAUUACUAAAAGACAUUGAAAGAUUAGGAGUUCACAUCAGCCUUCAAAAGGUCAGUUUUUCACACAAACAAUAACUGAAAUCACACAGAGGAAGCCAACAGGAAAUGGCAAACGUAAGUGUCUGUUUGAGUUUGGUUGCUCAGUUUCUCAGGCCUGAAACCUUAGAAUAGUCGAUAACUCUUUUCUGAUUAGAGUCUGCAUCCUGAGUCUGAAGUAAUCCUCAUUUAGGCAAACAGAAUACAAAGACAGUCAACUUAAAUGUUCAUCUGGUGUACUUUGAAGAAAUGCAAUACAAUAUAUAUGUAUAACUUGCUUGUCAACAGUUGAUUUGAGAUCAUUUAUCCAACACAAAGGCAUUAUUUUGAAUCUGGAUUAAUAGCCCACCGAAAAUACCAUAUAUCUCAAACUUUGGAUUGAUUAAAAAAACAAAACUAGAAUUAAGUGUUUCUUUAUUUUUACAAAAAUGAUCCCAUGUUGUAGCCAGAUUAAAAUAUUGUAAAAAAUAGCAACGCCCUUCAAAAAAGAUAAAAACAGCUGCUCAAAACAUGGCUCGAAUGUUUUGUGAAAACAAAUCCGUCUUUUCCUGCUGUCUGUCAGCUAAAUUGGAGAACAAACCCCCGUGAUCUCUGCAAUGAUAAGCACUUUCUAUGUUGAAGAGGGCCAAACAGCUUUAAAAGCAAACCAGCUGAGUGAAACUCAAACAGGGAAGCAGAUAAACAACAAAGACCACCAUUCAGAGCCCAGGGGGGACAAGUGAGCACUGACUGACUGUAGAGAAAGUUUCACUAUCUGAAGUUAGAGGAGAGAGCAGAAAUAGGAGGAUUUGGUUUUAUAGGAAAAAGAGGAACAAAAGAAACUUACCUCGUCCUUCUUAGACAUUGGACUUCAAGUGGUGAUUCGAGGUUAGAGCAGGUGAAUGAGUUUUCUGGAGUUUUCUCACGUCCAGCUUUUUCAUGCAGUUACAGAGCAGCAGUCAGGACAUGCUGGUAAACAAUCGCUCCUCUCUCUUUCCUUCUCUGUUCCUUUCUACCUCACUGUUUGUCCCUAACCUUCAUCUAAACAGUCACAGGUAGGUCCGACUUCCCCCCUCCUUGGGUAACACCUCCCACCUCCAGCCUCCAUCAUUCUCUCAAUCCUUUAUUCUUCUUCUCACAGAGACAGGCGCGCCCAGUGCACUACUUUCCCACCUGCUGGACAGGUUUGGUGGCAGUCAGAGCUUGUUUCUAAGCAAAAGGCUCCAUUAAGGUUCACAUGACACCUGCCGAGCUAGUGGGGCUAUGAAUCAAUCAUAUAACCCCUCUUUUCAAAAGUGAAAGGUUAUUCAAGCAGUCAUUUUCGAGUUUCACUUUUUUAAUUUCAAAAGUUCAUCACUGGUUUCAGGUUCAUUAUUAAUAAGUUAAUGGCUGAGCUUCUGAAGGCAUAAUCUAUUCAGCUGUUUUAGGCAUGCAAACAAAAGUCCAGGUAUGAGUUUACUGGUACGACCAAGUGAUUAAUUUCCGCUUUUUAUUUGUAUUGCAAGACCUUCCAGGAAAUCAGAUCUCUACCUCCUCUUGGCCAAAGUAAAGCAUGCAUUUGAAAACAAAACACCAAGUUGCUUUCUUUGUUAUCAUAAUAUUAGUUAAUGUGUCAUGAGCUGCAAAUUCACAAAACAAUAAGCUUGUAGACAGUACGAUGAAAAACAGGUGAAAAUAAAGACCUCAUUCCAGGAAGGCUACUUAUUAUUAAGCACUCACAUGUGGUUACUAUUUUUAAACCAUUUCUCACUUUGGGUGUUGCUGCUUUGUUGUUUACAUUCACAUACUUCAGGAAAUGACCCUUUAAUUUUGCUCAUCUCACUUUCCUUUUUUUAAAAAAGUUUCCUCAAUCUGCUGUUGCUUUCUACUCAAACACCCUCUGUAUGAUAGCUCCCCAAGUGGUAUUCAUUAGGGUCAAGAGAUCCAACACGGAUGAUCCUAUUCUGCAGCCUCCUUGAAGUUCCACUCCGAUCGUUUUUUUUUUUACUACUUAAAAUGUUCUCAGUGGUCUUUAAAUUGUGAUUAUGAAGUUUUUACCAAAAAUCACAUUACCUGUGUCAUUUUCAAGGCCUUCUCUUCUGCAGAGCUCCAGUAGCUCAUUAGCAAUUUGUCACUGGGUCGUGGGCGGAGACAGCGCUGCUCUGCACACUCCUCUUCAAGCUAGCUUGCAGCCUAACAUUGCUGGUGUCGUAGCAGAAGCAGGUAAAAUAGAAGCUAUUCAGCUCUUGGACACUUAUGUCUUUAGGGACAUGUUGAAAGCUAAUAUCAUGAUUAGCUUUCUUACGAGCAUUGCAAUCCGUGAACGCACAUGCUUGCUCCGCAAUCGUCCUCUGUAUUUCUUCUCUAUAUGCAGAGUCUGGCCUGCAUAGCGGGGCUCUGGGGGCAGAGCUUGGAGUGGUUACGUAUGAAAUCUUACUGUUUCUGAACCUGCUGUUUUGGUCUGCCAGAGAUUCACAGCAAUUUGAAUAAAGAAAUACUCAGAAAAGCAAUUUUGCACUCAGGCCCCAACUACACGAAUGCGGAUAUAUUUCAAACCGCACAUAUUUAUGUCCGAUUAGGCCUCCCUACCAUACCAAAACGGGAGUUUGGAGCACUCAAACCGGAUAAAUCUGAAUCCGGAAAAACAAGUGGAGAAAUAAAAAAAUAUCUGUAUCCCGUAUCCGUAGUGGAUUCGUGUGGUUGGACUUUUACGGAUCGAUGACGUCAAACCGCAGCUCGCGCAUGCGAAUUAAAAAGAAAAACAACAACAACAACGAGUGCGGACAUACAGGGUAUUCUUUACAUUUGUUUUGCCCUUUUGGGGCUAAUUUCAGCCUUGCAAGUGAACCUUGUUUUAUACAAUUACAUCCACCAGUCAGCCAGCUCACAGAGGCGUCUGCUGCAGCCAAUGCUUUUAUCGGUCACAUGGUCCAUCACAUGGACCCGACGCACCAGCGUAGCUUCCGCAAACAAUGCAUGAGGCAUCACGCUGUUACGAUUCAUCGGCUAAUCAGGUAGCUUUGUUCCUGAAUUUUUUUUAAGCGGCACCAGAUAGGAUUGAGUUUGAAGGCUAUGUGUGGACGCAGAUAUUUUUGAGAACUAACACGUGUGGACAGAUACAUUUAUUUAGACGGGAGUACAAAAAUAUCCUGAUAAAUAAAUAUCCAUAUACGUGUAGUUCGGGCCUUAGUUUUCUCAUGAUAUGUCCUGUAGCAUCAGAAAAUCAAAACAAGAAAAACUUGAUUUUAAUCAGAGUGGGUCUUUAACUAAAAUAAAUCUGGAGCUAGAAUGAUUUAUGAGCUGCUUUUCUAGUCUGCGUCAUCCAUAAAAAGCAUAUUGAACAACAAGUAGAGUAAAUUUAGGGCAACAUAUGGCCCCUCAGGUCCCAGCAGCAUACCACAUAACCACAGUGUCCUAUAGCUGUUGAGGACCUCUUGUGGCAUACCGCUUCCUCUUCACAUGCUUUGUUUCCCCAGCGCCAUACAACUUAAUAAAAAAAGCAGAACAUUUCAAAACUUUUAGUCUGACAGUGUAGGAUUAAAGGUCAAAGUUGCACAGCUUUUGGUGUGAAGACAAACUGCGUACAAUUACCUGGAACCCAUCAAAAUUUAUCAACACUGUUUGUAAGAAGCAGCCCGACAUAUUCACAGAAAAACAGAAAAUAAAAAUCCCCCUUUUUAAAAAAAAAACAGAUGAUUCAUAUUUACUCAGCAAGUUCUCAUCCACCUUUAAGACUGAAAUCAAAGAGGUAUCAGUGAUACAGACGUUCAGAGUUUCACCAGGAACUAAAACUCCUACAGCCACACAUGAGGGGGAAGGUGAGAAACUGAUCGAGAAACAGAGGUCACAAGCUUGAGUUAAAUUCAGAGAAGAGUGCUUACAAGAAACCAGAGUACAUUUUCAUCGUUUAAGUGCUGGGCCUUUUUUUUAGAGUUGAAACAAAGAAUAACUUUUAAUGAGCUGAACUUCCUAAUCCUUUACUGUUAGACUGUUUAUAUUGAUAUCUAAAGCUGUGCUAUUUACAGACCAGCAGCCUAUUGAAACGGUUUCAACAGCUAACAUCUGGUUAGCGCACAAACAGAAACAGGUUCCCUUUUACAUAAAUGUCCUGUAAUAGGGACUUAAGAACAGCUUAAGUAAAAGCCGGUGAAUGAUGAGCUGUAGUUUGAGAAAAGUUUAUUAAAAGACCAUCCAAUUAACUCUCUUACUCUACAGCAAGAUCCAGGCAAGAAAUAAACACCAGCAGUGUAUGGAAAAUUUGGCACAUGCUAGAAGAUUUGCACAGGAUGUUUACUACAUGUAAAGGAAAAAUGCCUCACUAAGACGUACUAAUUCAACUUUUUGUUUUCAAACUGGAAUAUUCUGACUGAUACAUCAACUCCCUCGAAUUACCAUGAAAAAGCAAAUGUCUUCUGUCUUACACUAUCGUCAAAAAAUCACACCACAACUUUUCUUUAUCUUUCAAGAGUGCGUAAGUGUUGAAGUGGUGUGUUUGUGACUUAGACGAGGAAGGCUGAUAAAGAUUCACGGUUACUGUGGCUUUUAAAAGGCCACAGAUGGAGACGGAUAAUCCACCCCGCUGGUGUUUUGAAAAGUUCAUGACUCUGAUAAUGACAUUUUUCUGUUAGACGUGUUAAUACACUGUAUUACAAAAAAAAAACUAACUUCAAGACUAGUGAAAGUUUAAAAAGAUAAUUAAAUUAUUUGAUUCACUCAAAGAUCUUGUGAGAAUUUAGAAAAAGCUUAAACAAAUAGUAAUCCCUCUAAAUGACUUUAAAAAUGAGCAAAGAGAUUCAUUAUUUCUAUCUCAUUAGUGCCUAUAAACGCUGCCGCCUGGUAUGUGACACAUGAUAUAAUUAACUCCUUUCUACCUCACAGCCAAACACAGUCAGAGAUGACUAUUUAAAGACGUGACCUACUCAUGUACAAAACAAAAUCAGUAAAGAGGGUUGCCCACAAGAGGGAGAUGAAUAUUGACACAGUCAAGUUUCUCACAGGAGCUUUGACAUGAUAAAUAAACAGGUCAUUCAUAUUCUUUUACUUAUUUGUAAUUCUUUGCAAACUUAAAUUAUGAGCAUUAAUAUGUACUUUAUUCUGCUAUGAUCUUUGCAAGAACCAUUUACAAGUCAGACAACCAAAUCCAAGGCUUUUAGACCAUCACAGCAGGAGAUGUAGAGGACGUAGCACGAACACAAACUUCUGAAUUCCCUCCCAGCACUAAAAUUAACACAUGGGGAGAUCCCAGAAGCCUUCUGCUUUUCUGUUUUCACAGUAAAUAACAAAUGUACUGGGAGUGUGGAAAGGGGAAAAGAAAACAUGAAAGAGGAAGGGAAAGUUUUGAAGCACGAGAGGACUAAAUCUACCAGCGCGUCACUCAGUCGCAACAGGAAGCGCGUCAUGUGAGGGAGGGAGAGCAGCUAAGCAAUAGAGGAGAGUUAGGUGAAUGAAGUGAUAAGGGAAAAAACCAAGCUGCCGCUUCUCAUUUCUCCCUCAACAGAUGUAGAGUCAACACGAGUGGGAUAACAGCUGCAUAACACUCAUGAACAUUUGUGCGUGCUUACUAGUUUGAAAAGGAGGGAAGAUGUUUUUUAAAUCUUUUUUUGUCUCACUGAUGGAAUAAGGUGCUUUUUGGAUUUACAUCCAGAUUCCAGCAAUGGAUACAAGCAAGAAGACAUUGUUUUUUACCCUUCUGAUGAUCUAUAUAAGCUAUGUGUCAGGUAAAUAUAACUUUUAUUACCCUUUGUAAACUGUGAUUGUGUAAGUGUAUCCUGUUUUGACUUUAAAUCAAUAGGAAGAGGGGUCUAUGUCUAUCAUUCAGGGAAUAUAUAAGAACCAACUUCUGAGAAAACCAAACUCAAUGUUCUUAAAAAAUUCUGAGAACAAAAUGAUGCAACAUGAAAAAUUUUUUUAAACCACUUACAGUUUCCACCAUGGAGGCAUAAGUGGAAAAAAAGAACUUACUCAAAUUUAAUCUGUUUCAUCUGUCCAGAUACUCAAGUGGAAAAAAGGUGAAUCCAUGUGUCUAAGAAGAAGAAAAAAAAACGUCAUAGAUCCCAUAAUAGAUUAUUCUCUCCAAUAAUAAACUUCCUUUUUCUGACUCAACCAUGUUUGUCAUAGUAUCUGAGGGAAAAAAUCCCAACUGCAAAUGCUUCAUCAGACAUCAACUGUGUGAAACUGUGAUGAUCUUGUAACUUAGAGUGAAUGUGAAUCAUAACUUCUGUGUCUUUCUUUGAAGCAGGACAGGACAUCCCGAGGCCUGAAAAGCUAAUGGUGGAUAUUACGGAUGGGGAGGUGAUAGCACUGUGGACUGAUCCUGUCGAAAGGCCCUCAGACACUAAAUACAACGUACAAAUAGCCAAGUAUGUUUCACUUCUAAAUAUCAACUCUGACAAUGCAGUCCUGUCUAAACACUUCCCUUUAUUUGGCAGUUUCCCAACACUCUCUAUUCCCUUUAUUUUAGCUUUUCAGUUUUGCUUACAGAGCAACUAUUUCCCCCUUCCACUAAAUUCAUGUCAUUAACUAGAACCUGACUUUUACUGACAUGCUUGAUUUACUUACAUUUUUGUCAUCCAACUAUUUGUCCUCAGGUAUACAGGCCAGUGGGAGAUGGUGGAAAACUGCACAGGGAUCAGAAGAAACCACUGCCACCUCACCAGCCUUAUACAAGACUACAGCGCCGCCUAUAAGGUCCGAGUCCAGCUGGUCACAGGAAAUGGUGUGUCCAAGUGGACAAUGAAGAGCAAAUUUCUCCCAAACGAUAGUAAGUCUGAUUGUUUUUUGUUAAAUCAAUGUAGUGUGCUCCAAAUGUUUGCCUUUGGCUGGUCUGGUACGGAUUAAGGCUCACCACAGCAUUUUUUCUUAUCUUACUUCCUUUCUACAGGUGGGUUGAGUCCUCCCUCCUUCACUCUGUGGGCUACUUCCAGCACUAUAAAAGUUAGUGUUCACCAGAAACCCAUUCUGAAAAAAUUAUUCCCUUAUGGCGUCCGCUACACCAUCUACUUGGAGGAUACAGCAGAAAACAAGGUGGGUAUCAGAGUAAGGGUUCAACAACCUACACAGCUACAAUCACUCAGGUUCAGUUACAUCUGCUGUUCUCCAACUUCUACACAUAACCUGUCUUUGCAAUACGCUAUGACUGAAUCAAGGAUGCAUCUAAAAAAUUAUCGAUUAAUCUUAUCCAAUAGACAACAACAUUAUACCUGAGAGAUGACGUGGAUGUGGAAGAGCGGAGUCAAACGUUCACUUCUCUCCACUGGGGGAGGGAAUACUGUGUCAGCAUCAAGGUGGAGGGAAGCGGGGCUCUCUCCUCCAGCUUGGUGUCCCGCAGACAGUGUUUGCUGCUACCAGAACAAGGUAAGACCAAAAAAUUUAACAGUGAUGCACACACAAGAAACAGUAGUGGGAAGGUUUAUAAUCCUGAGUCAGUGGCUGCAGGAAAAAUACAGAACGUUAUAUCGCAACUCCUAAAUUCAUGUAAUUUGCUCGCUAGUUUUAAAAACGAUGUCCGUCAGCUCAAUGUAGGACUUCAGCCACCAGCUUGAUCUUCUUACCUUACUCAUUCUUACUCUGUUGUCUCAGAAAUCAGGGUUGCAUACACUUUGAUUGAGGAUGGAUUAUUUGGCUUUUCCUCUAAAGCUAUGGUGGUUACAUUGCUCACGUUUUUCUGCCUUGUUUUUCCCUCCAGAAUGGUUCAUAAUGGCUGUGUCAUCCCUCUCCGUCAUGGGCAUCCUGGUUGUUUUUGCCAUCAUGGCUGCCAUACUCCACUGUUACCUCAGGCGUUCAGAGAAAACACCUGAUGCACUGGUAAGUUUGCACUGUUGCUUUGUUGUUGUUAUUCAGAUGGUACCUUUAGUCAAAACUUACCCUGUUCCUGAUUGAGACACCACAGAACAAUGAAAAUUACUUCAACCUGAUAUUUUUUUGUCUCACUGUAGAAAUCCCCAGUCAGUGGGUGGCUUCCACUCAACGUUGGAGAGGGAACGAUGGAGGUUGUUACAGACAAAGGCUGGUUCCUGUCUAGUUACAGAAGUGAAAUAAAAAACAGUGUGACCGAGACACAUGUGACCGCGACAGAGGACAGCGGAGAGGAAGAGAGAAGGACGAGCAUGGACAGUGGGCUCAGCAUCGAGUCCAACUCUGCCACAAACAGCGAGGAAAGCCCUCCACUGAGACAAGAUGACAGUGGCUGUGGGAGCUUGGUAGGAUCAGAGAGCUCCAGCAGUGGUCAGUCAGAUUACCCACUGAAAGAGGAAAAGACUCAGACAGAUACUGUCAGGAGACGGGAGGACAGUGGGGUCAGUCUGGGCUGCCAGCUCGACUCUUUAUCCUUGAACCUGGAUGGACAGGACAGUGGUUCUCAAAAGGAGGUGGUAUCUGGAGGUGGUUAUUGUAGCCAGAGCCACUCAAAUGUUCAGAUUCAAGUCUGUGAAGAAAAGGAGGAAUUCAAACAGACAGUUCCUGACUUGGCUGAAGUGGUCACAGGCUACAGAGCCACACCCCAAUCCUGUAUCUGCUCAGGGGCCGGUCAUUGCACUUGGUGCCAUCAACAAGGCCUUUAUGGACCUGAAGCGAUUCAACAAUACAGAGCUAUGUGUAUUGAAAAUGGACUUCUAAACAGCAAAUGUGAUUUUGCAGACUCUUACAAAAAAGGAAUGACGUUUUCAAGUUAUUCCAAAGAAACACAAAUGGACACACUCAUGAUAGAUGACUUAGAACCAACUUUUAUACAACUGGGAGAGACUUUCCCUCUGCUGACAGCACUGACACCACCACCAACCUUUGUGGAGGGAGAACAGGACUUCAACAUGAACAAUGUGUCGCUCUCUCUCUGUGAUGUACAGCUGAUUACUGACUAAUGCACUGUGGAGUAAAACCAUGCCUUUUGUAAAUGUUUGAGUGAAAUACUUGAGCAAUACACAUCUCUUUUUCCUCAUGUGACACACUGUGUUAAAUGUAAAACAAGAGUGUUAUUGGGGAGUCAAAUCUGGAGGAAAAGGAGUCAACUGUGAGCAGGCAACACACGGUUGCAGAGGAAGGAAAGGGGUUAGACGAUGUGGCUGCUGAACCGCAGAUGUUGACUGAAGAGAUGAUGAAUAUGAGACUGGGGAUCUUGUUCAGAUGUGCCUCACUGGGCGUAUUUACAUCAGGCUGAAGUAUAGCAUGCCGGAAGUGAAAGUACCCUGGGGAGAAAGGCUGAGAAAUAGUUUGACAUUUCGGACUUUUUGUGACACUUCCUACUCUUUACCGGCGGCGAUAUCCCCCGUGACAGGAAUCACUACGUUUCUGAAUUAUGCUAAGAGAAAUUUUUGCCGAGGUGAAAUUCUGUUUAGUACUUUUUAACGUAGAUUAAUUCAGUUGUCAGUUGCUGACUGAUUGAUCAUUUCAGAAGCUUAGCGGUGUCAUAAUAAAGCUAAUAAAGCAUGAUCUUAAGAGGUUUUUUUUAAAUGCUCUCUUACACACUCAUGUAUCUGACACCAGCCCUGUCUUUGAGUUACAUGCCUGUACAGCUUAUUUAUUACAUAUAAAGUGAGAAAAAAAACUAUUUAUAAAGCAAAGCUAUACAUUUCUGUGACUUUUUGUGCAUGUGAUUAAAAGAAACUGUGUCAAUGGAA